AUGUAUGCUCUUAGUGUCACCGGCGAGCUGGCCGGGGUCACCAACCUUCGCCCAGACGACUCUGAGGCGAACCCAUUUUGGUACACAUUCCAGAUCCAGUGUACAUCAUGCAGAGAAACUCACGCGAACUGGGUUGGCGUGAACCGCUUCGAGCAAAAUGAGAUGAGCGGCAGCCGAGGCGAGGCCAAUUUUGUCUUCAGGUGCAAGAACUGCAAGCGCGAAUCCUCUGCGACCAUCAAGGCUGCUCCAGUCGCAUAUGAGCAGUCUGAGCCGGCGAAGCCCAAGAACAUUCUCGAGUUCGACUGCCGCGGACUCGAAUUCACCGACUUUAAACCAGAUGCAGAGUGGCUGGCUGAGGGAUUAGAGUCUGGCACCAAGUUCACGAGUAUUGAUCUGACGGAGGGCGAGUGGUUCGACUAUGAUGAGAAGGCUGGCGAUGAGGUCAGCAUCAAGGACCUCAAGUGGGAGAUCAAGAGAGCAUGA